AUGAGAAAUAAUGGCUUUUUCAUGAAUCAAUUUGCUAAUUCGGAUAAAGCUGAGGAGUAUCAUGAAAGUGGAACAAUAUCAUCCGUUGGACGUUACGUUAAAAAAUAUGGGCUACGAACAGAGGUUGUACUUGCUGAUACGCAAUUUUCGGUCUACUAUGAUUAUGUCAUGAAUGAACGAUUUACAAAUGAAAGUGGUCGAGAUGUUUGGGUAACACCUGGAAUGGCAGGUAUUGGAUUCGGUGUUAUGGGACCGGUUAGACAUGGUAUCACAUCAAG